UCUCCCUCCUUGCUCACUGGUCCAGUCCUUGCAGUGCGCAGGCGCCGGGGUCUGUCCUUGUCACUGGGCGCCGCGUGCAGGCUUGUGGCUUUGUCGCAGCGGCGGCGACUCGUCUCCGCCACCAUGAGCGGCUUCAGCAGCGAGGAGCGCGCCGCGCCCUUCACCUUCGAGUACCGAGUCUUCCUCAAAAAUGAAAAAGGACAAUAUAUAUCUCCAUUUCAUGAUAUUCCAAUUUAUGCAGAUAAGGAUGUGUUCCACAUGGUAGUGGAAGUACCACGCUGGUCUAAUGCAAAAAUGGAGAUUGCUACAAAGGACCCUUUAAACCCAAUUAAACAAGAUGUGAAGAAAGGAAAACUUCGAUACGUUGCAAAUUUGUUCCCUUAUAAAGGAUAUAUCUGGAACUAUGGUGCCAUCCCUCAGACUUGGGAAGACCCAGGACAUAAUGACCAACACACUGGCUGUUGUGGUGACAAUGACCCAAUUGAUGUGUGUGAAAUUGGAAGCAAGGUAUGUGCAAGAGGUGAAAUAAUUGCGGUGAAAGUUCUGGGCAUCUUGGCUAUGAUUGAUGAAGGGGAAACCGACUGGAAAGUCAUUGCCAUUAAUGUGGAUGAUCCUGACGCAGCCAAUUAUAAUGAUAUUAAUGAUGUCAAGCGGCUGAAACCUGGUUACCUAGAAGCUACUGUGGACUGGUUUAGAAGGUACAAGGUUCCUGAUGGAAAACCAGAGAACCAGUUUGCUUUCAAUGCAGAAUUUAAAGAUAAGGACUUUGCAAUUGAUAUUAUUAAAAGCACUCACGAUUAUUGGAGAGCACUGGUGACGAAGAAAAUCGAUGGAAAAGGAAUCAGUUGCAUAAAUACCACGGUGUCUGAGAGCCCCUUCAAGUGUGAUCCUGAUGCUGCCAAAGCCAUUGUGGAUGCUUUACCACCGCCAUGUGAAUCUGCCUGCACAGUACCAACAGAUGUGGAUAAGUGGUUCCAUCACCAGAAAAACUAAGGAUAUGUCUUGGAAUACAAGCUUACAUUGCUGCAUCCUAUUCGUCUGCAAGUAUUAGAUGCAAAAGUGGUAGCUGUUCAAAGCUUUAAAUUAUAGAACUAACAUAAGUAAGGCAAAUUCUGCUGUGACCAAUCCAAUAUAUUCAAUGUAUAUUCCAGUAAUUUAUGUUACCCAUCUAAAAGCAUUUUUCAUAUCUCCACUAAGAUAACUUGUAGUACAUGCUUAAAUAUCAAAGCAGUUGUAAUUUGAAAGUUAUUUGUGAAUAAAUGUGCAAGAUAAGUAGAUAUUGGAUGUAUAUGUUUACCAUGUCUCAGGAAAUAAAAUUAUUUUGCUGAAACUUG